UGUUAGGUCUGGGACUGGAUCCGCAGGUCUAGCAUAAUGACUGAAAUUAUAGCUUUUUGAUUGUGAUUCGGAUCACUCGCCAAUCCUCAUUAUUUCGCUCUAGACGUUGGCACACAUGAAUUCCCAGCUUUCGAUUUUUAUGCCUCCAUCGGUUUUUGCUUUGCGACGACUUUCAGCUAUAUUGGGUCCUUCUCAGACUGCAUGCCUGGCGCCUUGGAGUCGGUUUACUUUGGUUUACAUGAUGUUCACACUUUGUUGUACAAACCUUUCUCUUCGUUUUCCCUCCCUAUGCUUUCACAAUUUCUCCCCCAUCUAUGGCAAUCUUGGCGAUCUAUUCCUUCACAGCCUUUUUGGAAUCAUUGUACGCAUGUAUUCUCCUAUCUCACUUCCCACCGGUUCAUCCAUUGAUUCCCCCAUCUGAGCUGUUAUGGCGCGUUUGUCCGAAUUCGGCAACUUAUGCUUUCUUUUUUUGCUUUUGCUUUGUACGAUACUAGAUUUCUGGAGUACUCUGAUACAUAGCUGUAAGAUAGACCAACGACUGGCCAUGCAUCGAAUUGAAACUUCGAAAGACUGAAUGAUC